AUGGUCAGCGACCUCAUCACCGAAGGAUUCAUCGCAGCGUUGAAGCGGUUCGUGGCUCGACGUGGAAGACCACGAACCAUAUUCUGUGACAACGCUACCAACUUCGCCGGAGCCGAGAAGGAGUUUAAAACUCUUCUCAGGCAGUUCAACGAUCAACAACAUCAGCACACAGUAACUUCACUAUGCGCCGAAAUCGGUAUACAAUUUAAUUUCAUCCCGGCUCGCGCUCCCACGUUUGGAGGUCUGUGGGAGGCGGCGGUAAAAUCAUUAAAGCACCAUCUACGAAGAGUUGUCGGCUUAGAAGCUCUUACCGCCGAAGCAAUGCAAACGGUUUUGACCCAAGUUGAGAGUUGUCUCAAUUCCCGACCUCUGACUGCCCUGUCUGAAGACCCCAAUGACUUGGCAGUCCUCACUCCUGGACACUUUCUGGUCGGAUCAGCACUCCAAUCAAUCCCGGAGCCCGACCUGGCCGAAGUUCCAGUAAACCGAUUAUCCUUAUGGCAAGCGAUGCAGAGAAAGUUACAACUAUUCUGGAAGCUCUGGUCCACUGAUUAUCUCCAGCAACUCCAGCAGCGUACAAAGCAUAUUAUUCGUCAACCGAAUGUCUUAGCUGGUCAGCUAGUUCUGUUGAAAGACGACAAUUUGCCCCCACUAAAAUGGAUUGUGGGACGCAUCAUCUCGACGCAUCCUGGCACCGAUGGUAUAGUACGCGUCGUGAAAGUCAAGACAUCAUCUGGUGCAGUAUUCGACAGGCCUGUUGUGAAAGUCUGCAUUCUCCCCUGCAACGAGCCAGCUGCAGCUAACCAAACCCAUACCAUGCUGAAGACAUCGACCGACAGCUCCCCACACGUUCCUCCAGCUAAGGUUCCUGAAUGGAAUCAAGAUCCCAUUGGUGGCCGGUAUGUUGCGUCCAACGCAAUAUGGGUGGAGUCAACAAGCCGAGAUCAGCAGCAUCAUAUCACAUCAGUUUGA